AGAAGCGGUUCGACGCUUCUCCCUCUCCCAGCCGAGAAGCAGCGGCUCCUUCCCGGUCCCUCCCCAGCACCUACACCGAGCCCUCGCCCGGCCCCCACGACCGGCUGUCCCCGCGGCAGCGCCGAGGCCACCAGCCAGCCGCUCCCUCUGCGCCUCCGCCGCCGCCAUUUUGCCAGCCCUCGAGCCCGCGCGCCGCCCCGCGCAGGCGCAGAGCCGCGCUGGCCGGGCAGGCAGCAUGGAGGAGACGCUGAGGCGGGAGCUGGGCACCGCCGUACUCCGGCCGACGGGGCACCUGGGCGGCGGCUGCAUCAGCCAGGGCCAGAGCUACGACACCGACCGCGGCCGGGUGUACGUAAAGAGCAACUCCAAGGCGGAGGCCAGAAGAAUGUUUGAGGGAGAAAUGGCAAGUUUGGACGCCAUCUUGAAAACACAGACAAUAAAAGUGCCUAAACCCAUCAAAGUUAUAGACCUGCCUAGGGGCGGUACUCUGUUUGUGAUGGAACAUUUGGAAAUGAGAGGCUUAAACAGACAUUCAGCAAAGCUUGGAGCACAACUGGCUGAUCUCCACCUUCAUAACCAGCAACUUGGAGAGAAGCUGAAGAAAGAAGAGAACACAGUUGGUAAAGGUCAAGGGCAAAUGGAAGUCCAGUUUGUGGAUCAAUUUGGCUUUCAUACAGUUACCUGCUGUGGCUAUCUUCCACAGGUGAAUGACUGGCAGAAUGACUGGGUGACUUUCUUUGCCAAGCAAAGAAUCCAGCCACAGAUGGACAUGAUUGAAAAGAAUUCAGGAGACAGGGAAGCAAGAGAACUUUGGGCACAACUUCAGCUGAAGAUACCCAGUUUGUUCUGUGACGUAGAAAUUGUUCCUGCUCUCCUGCAUGGAGAUCUCUGGGGAGGAAAUGUAGCUGAGGAUGAUUCUGGUCCAAUUAUCUUCGAUCCGGCUUCUUUCUACGGCCAUUCAGAGUAUGAGCUUGCAAUAGCUGGGAUGUUUGGUGGCUUCAGCAGUUCUUUUUACUCUGCUUAUCAUACUAAAAUUCCCAAAGCUGCAGGGUUUGAGAAACGGCUAAAGCUUUAUCAGCUUUUUCACUACAUGAACCAUUGGAACCAUUUUGGCACAGGGUACAGAGGGUCUUCUCUAAACAUUAUGAGAAACCUUAUAAAGUGACUCUCUGCUUAAGCAGAACACUUCCUAGGUUGCUUGGAAAACCCCAUGCUUGGUGGUGCAACUACAGGAGUAGUAAUGUUAAAUGUUAAAAAAAGCUGCUAGACCCUUGACCUUGUUGCACAGCUAAAGACCUAGAACCAGUGAGUCUUGCUGAAUACCAAGUGUGACAUAGUCAUCCCUUUUUAGGAUAGUUGGCAAUACCUUUAUGGGGGAAAUAUCUAAGGAAGGAGUUUAUUCAGUUGCACAAAAGAUCUGUCGGUGUCAAGAAAGCGCUGCAUGCUUGAGAGUAGGCAAGUUAAUAGCAAUCAAGCACUUGAGUGUAUAUCAUUUGGAAGAAGUUAUCUCUUAGGGACCAGUUGUGCUUCAGAGUAGAGGAAUACCAGGGUUUGCAUUUGCGCCCUUAUGGAAAACAUUAGAGAAUUUUUUGUGGAAUGGAAACUUGCUCUUCUCAGUUACCGAGGAGAUGGCUAAAAGAGUUGCUCGUUGCUUUUUGCUCUUCACCCCCCCACAACCUUUACGAUAGAUUGAUCAGACUCUUUCAACUCUUCAUGUCCGGUUACAUGCAUGAAAACAAUGUUAACAAAAUAUUUUGAAAGCCAAUGAGAAAAUUAUAUAAUGGAAACUGAAAAAUUAUUUGUACUUGCUCUUCAUUAUGCUAAUGUGAAUCUGUUGGAUGGAUACUGCUUCCUCUUCUGUUACAAAGCUGUGUGAAAAUACUUAUAAUUUUUUUCUGGCAUGUGCCUUUUGGUGCCUCUCAUCCUUCUUAUGGGCUGUUCUGUGCUUGCCAGUCAGUGGGCUCUUACCUACAGCAAUUUUGUUUUCACCAGAACUACCUCUCUCUCCUUUCCUGGAUUAUGCUUUUGUCCAAUAGUGUGCAUUCUUAGAGACCUUUUCAGGCAAGACUUUACACAUACACAUCCUGUGAAGACGUGUUUCUUGCUAAUACAAACAGAUGGCAACUGUUGUCAUUGCCCACAGGAUAAUGCCAUCUAGUUGUGGUAUAGGCUUCACAUAAAUUUUCUGUAGUUCAGACUACAUUUUUCUUCAGUCCCCACUAAGUGCACUUUGUAGCUCUUGGGAUAAGAGAUGUGAAACCAAAUGAAGUUGAAAUUUAACUCCCAGAACAGCAGCCCUACACCAGUGUCAAGUUCUUUAAGGACAGCUUUGCAGACGAGCUAUUUCUUGUACCUUUAAUAUUAGAUGAUAAUACUAAAAUUGUACUCUUCUUGAUAUAGGCUGGUAAUGAUAUUUCAGUGCAAGCUACCAGGUAGGUGGGAGAGAUGCAUGAUUCCUAACGUGCAUUUUGAGUUUUUGGGAAUGACCUGAAUGAAUUAAUUAAAAAUGUUUUUCACUGGAUAUUGGCAGAUUACUGAGGGCUUUUCAGUUGCUGGUUUUGUAGUUAUGAGAAUUGGAAGCAAGUUUAGAGAACACUAUCACUUGAUAUAACUUUCCUUAAUUCUACUGCUCUUCUCACUGGCUGUUUAACUUUUGCUACAAAAAGUUUGAAAACCUUGCUUGGUAGAAUAGCUUUUACUUUUACCUUGUUGCUUAAAUAAAAAGUUUGCCAGUUGA